CGUCGUAAUUUAACCACCACCACCACCACCACCAUCAUCAUCAUUUAUAUUUGUUCGGUUUGAGUUGUGUUUAUUCCUUUUUCUGCUCUCUUUGUGUGUCUUGGUUUUUAUUUUAUUUCAUUUCACUUCGUUUCGUUUGGAUUACAAUCUAUAUAUCGAGUAUAAUAUAGUAAAACGCGCACACAAUUAUUAUUUUGGUCUUUAUUACAUUCGGCGAUUUUAUUAUCAUCACAUCAAAUUAUUAAAAUCAUUACUUGGAAAGAAGGUAAUCCAUAAUCAAAAUUAUCAUCUACGACACACACACACACAUAUUGCCUUCAUUGUAUUAUCAUCAUCAUCAUCAUCAUCAAACGAUUGUUGUUGUGUUAUAUUUAUUGUGUGGCUGAUUGUUUUAAAAAUUGCACAUCGCAAAUAAAUUUCUUAUUGCUUAUCUCUUCCUGUACUGAUCGGUCGUUUUUUUUUACUCAACGCUUGGAUUUGAUUCAACACCAUCAUCACCACCACCACCACCAGGCAUACUAUAAGUAAACGAAUUCAAGUUCGACUUGACGAUUCAAAUAAUCAUCAUCAUAUUAAAACAGCGUCACCAAAAACGUUUUUUAUUCUUAAAUUAAAUUAACAAUAUAACAUAUUGUUACCACUACACUGGUGUUUAAAAAUAUUCCGAUUCAAAGUCGAUUCUUGAACAAAAUUUGUUUGUAUCAGAAAAAAUGGUCAAAGAGACAGCUUAUUACGAAUUACUUGGUGUAUCACCAACAUGUUCACAGGAUGAUCUGAAAAAAGCAUACAGAAAAUUGGCACUCAAAUAUCAUCCAGAUAAAAAUCCAAAUGAAGGUGAACGAUUCAAGGCAAUAUCGCAAGCAUAUGAAGUAUUAGCCAAUGAGGAAAAACGUCGAUUAUAUGAUAUGGGUGGUGAGAAAGCAAUCAAAGAAGGUGGUAUGGCUUCAGCAACAUCACCAAUGGAUAUAUUUGACAUGUUUUUCGGCAUGGGUCGAUCAAAACGUGAUCAUGGGCCACGAAAAGGAAAGGAUAUGCAUUUUGCAUUGAGCGUAACAUUGGAAGAACUUUAUAAUGGAUCAACACGUAAACUUCGUGUUUCUCGUAAAGAGAUAUGUGAAGGUUGUAAAGGAUCUGGUACUCGUGCACCUGGUAUCAGCCCCGAAGCAUGUACUACUUGUCAUGGAACUGGCAUGCAAAUUCGUGUUGAACGUCUAAGAAAUAAUUCCAAUUUCAUUCAACAAAUUCAAUCUGUUUGUAGCGAAUGUCAAGGAAAUGGUGAAAAAAUUGCUGCUAAAGAUCGUUGUAAAAAAUGUACUGGAACUAAGGUCAUCAAGAAUUCAACAUUAUUAGAGGUUCAUAUUGAUAAAGGUAUGAUUGAUGGACAGAAAAUUGUAUUUUCCGGUGAAGCCGAUCAAGAUCCUUCAUAUGAACAACCGGGCGACAUUAUUGUUAUUUUGGAACAAAAAGAUCAUGAAGUUUUCAAACGAAGCAACGGUACCAAUCUAGUGAUGUCAAUGAAAAUCAAUUUAACUGAAGCAUUAUGUGGUUUUCAAAAAACAAUCACCACUUUGGAUAGUCGGACAUUAUUGAUUACAAGCUAUCCUGGUGAAGUAAUCAAACAUGGUACUAUUAAAUUUAUUGCUGGUGAAGGUAUGCCAACAUAUAGAAAUCCAUUCGAAAAGGGUAAACUUAUUAUAAAUUUUACCGUUGAUUUUCCGGAUAAAAUUGAUUCUGCAAUUAUUCCAAAAUUGGAACAAUUGUUACCUGAAAGACCGAUUCAAGAUAUUCCAAUGAAUGAUGUUGAAGAAGUAAAUCUACAUGAUUAUACUAUGCAUGAUGAAGAACGUUCACGACAUAAUCAUCGUGAAGCAUAUGAUGCAUAUGAAGAAGAUGGUGAUAUGAAUCAUGGACCAGGUGUGCAAUGUGCCACACAUUAAAUUUUCACACACACACACACACACACAUCAUCAUCAUCAUCAUACAACACAACAACAACAACAAAAGGCAUAAACUAAAAAAACCUCGAGUAUAUCAAUUCUAAAUUUUUCAUUCAUCAACAAUAUGAAAUGUGUGUGUGUGUGUGUGUGUGGGUGCGUUCGUUGUCUGUAAGCAUCAAAAUAACCCAAUUAGUAAAAUGUCUUCAAAUCGUAAUUCUGAAACACACACACACACCAUACACUAAUUUACAAUGAAUGAAAUUUUUAUAUUUAGCUUUAUUUGUGAAUGAUGAUCGAUCGAUGAUUGAUUGAUUGUAUGAAUGAAUGAAUGAAAAAACAAUAAUAAAAACAAUUCAAUUCAUAGAUCUGAUUUCUCAUUCUGAUGAUUUCUUUCUCUCUCUCUCU